CGACAGCCCAAUCACAAGAGCGCAGCCGAAAAAUGUUCGCCCUCCGCAAAACCCUGCUCCACGGCCGCCUCCCCGCGCCGCCGGCCACCGCCGCCUCCAGGAUCUCCUCAUUCCUCCGCUCCCUCUGCACAUCUCCGGGGGGCGAGGGGGGCGGGGACGAAUGGGGCUCCUCCUGGUCCACCGGCAUCACCAAGGACCACUUCGACGGGUCCGCCUCCGCCGUCGGCCGCCCCUCCCCGUCCGCCCCCGUCUCCAAGGAGCUGGCGGCCGUACGCGCCAUGGACGAGGAGGAAGAGAUCCUGCGCUCCGUGGAUCGCGACAACAAGGAAGGGAAGGAGUUCGUGGACUCGUGGGACAAGCGGUUUCAGGAGACGUGCGAGCUGCUGAAGCAGGUGCGGGAGCCCGGAUCCCGGGGCUCCUACCUCAAGGACUCGGAGAAGCAGGAGAUGUACCGGCUGCACAAGGAGGACCCCGCCACGUACACCGUGGAGCGGCUCGCCAAGGACUUCCGCGUCAUGCGGCAGCGCGUGCACGCCAUCCUCUGGCUCAAGGAGAUGGAGGAGGAGGAGGAGAGGAAGCAGGGCAAGCCGCUCGACGACUCCGUCGAGAUCCUGCUAGAUAGCUGCCCAGAGUUUUUCAAUUCCCAUGACAGGGAGUUUCAUGUGGCAUCUCUUCCAUAUAAACCUGACUUCAAAGUUAUGCCUGAGGGCUGGGAUGGUACAACAAGAGAUCCUGAUGAGGUCCUGUAUGAGAUUUCGAUGAAGGAAGACCAGAUGUUAUAUGAGGAAUUUGUUCAACGCUUGGAGUUCAACAAGAAAAAGGUGGCAGGGGAGGUGAAGUGCCACAAGUACAGCAGACGACGACCAGACGAUGGAUGGGCCUACAUGGUUGAGAAGCUCGGACCACAGGGAAGGCGUGGUUCAGGAGGGGGCUGGAAGUUCAUCAGUUUGCCCGAUGGAUCAAGCCGCCCACUGAACGACACGGAGAAGAUGUAUGUGAAGAGGGAGACUCCCAAACGGCGGAGGAGGAUCAUUGCUCCUUACAAGUAAUAGGAAGGCCCCUUCGCUCGUUAUAAUGCACGUUCUAUGAACGAAUGGUCUAUUGUCGUUCUCCAGGGAAGCAGAAGCGUGAGAGGUUGUAACCACAGGCAUCGGUCGUGUUUUGUUGCAGCGCCAGCAGAAUUCAUCUUGUUUUGUUGCAGCGCCACCAGAAUUCAUCUUGUUUUGUUGCAGCGGAGGUGGCUUAAUGUAUUCUUGGCAUUUGUAACAAGUUCCAUUCCCCACUUCAGGCUGAUGAAUAAUAUGUCUUUGAA